CCUUAGGUCAACAAAAAUGGCGAGAUGACGUUCGUGGAAGUGUUGAAAGUGGUACUUUCAUUUCGAUAGCAAGAGUAGUUGCUUCAAAGAAAGGCAAUAAUGGCUGAUCGGAAUAGAACACGAUCCAAAAUUUACGAGACGUUAAAUAACCCUGAACUUCGCUGUAAAACGGGGUAAGUGUGGGAUUCACAUCCGCUUGUGCUGUCAUGAGCAUUUUCAAUUCAUCUAAUGUUCAUGUAGUUCAGAUCUUCGAAGUCAUCAUUUUCGCAAGUUCACGACGUUAAACGUAUAGGUUCCUUUACGUAACGUUUAUCUAUGCAUGUUGAGAAGAGGAUAUCUGCACGAGGGUCCUCUUGCGAUUGUAGAAUCGAAAAAUACUCCUAACAAGGGUAAAGGUUGAUUUCUGAGAGAAAAGAAACGAUUUUCCCCUAUUUCCUGUACAUUUUUCGUUUCGUUUUGGAAGAGUUACAUGAUAUUUGUUCCCGGCGCUCAAAAUUUUUCAAAAUUAUUUUCAGUCGCUUACAAGUUUUCAUGGCCUCUUAUUAGUAUUAUAGAUGUCUGGAAGUGGUAAAAUGACCACAAAAGAUGGGUUUUGUUGUAUGGUAUUCAUGGCCUCACGUUGCGUUACGUUGAAAUACUGUGAGAAUAGCAGUGAAAUUUGACCUCUCAUGACUCUCAUGUGAUUUGAUGUAAUUCUGGAUGGUAACAUUUAUUGAAACUAUCGUUUACUACACUUUUACAUCUUUGGUAUUUCUGCUUUCCCCUUUUUAAAUUUACCUUUUCAAUUGAUGUUAACUCCUUUAGCUUUCAUGGAAAGAAAUGUGUUUAUUGUACGAUGUUUUAGAUUCAAUAUCGUUUGAGCAUUUAAACAAGUUAUAUUUUAUCGUCAUCAAUAUUGGUUCAAUUAAUAUAUAAAACUGUUAUUUGUGCAUUUAUUACCAGGCAUGGUAAUAUGUUGAACAAUAUUGUUAUGAUACAGGACUCAAAACUUUUGUGGCUAAUGCAGUUUUGAAUGCAACUAUUGUAAAUGUAAUAAAUAUAUCUUUAAUGUCAACCUAAGUUCUGGUCUGGUCUCCAAAUUUUCAGCUGAAUUGCUCCUUGAAUUUAAGUUUCUUAGUGGAGAGAGAAAAAAAAUUUUUGUGUACUCACAUCUUGAAAAAAUGUUACUUGAACUUACCAGUACAUGUAUUUACAUGUUUACAAAGUUUUUCAUUGUGUUGUGGUCUUCAAUAUGUGUAUAUACAUGUUAUUCAGUCUGUUAAACAAGUGUUUUCACUGUAGUGAAAUAUUCUGUUUAUAUGACUGUGUAGGUACUGUAAACAGUUCAAAAUUAUUAUGCAAUUGUGACUAUCCAAAUUGUACGUGAAAUUAACUUGGCUUAGGAUAAGGUGCAUAAAAAUAUGUAUCCUCUUUUGGGAAAAAUUUAAAGUGUAUAAUAAUAUUAUACAUGAAGAGACUCUAGUCAAGUUACUUUGGGUUCUUUAUAUAAUCGAUGUGAAAAAUGUGCUAAUAAACUUGAUUUGCCUUUUCGUAGUUGUGGUUUCUAUGGAAACCCAGCAUGGAGAGGUUACUGUUCAGUAUGCUACAGAGAGGUGUAUCUUAAGCAGCAGAGGGCACGAGCUGCAUCACAUAGCAGAGAAGAUGCGUUAUCUGGUGGCUCUCACAAUUUCCAAACAGAGGGUAUAAAGCUUGAUAUUCUGUGAUUCAUUCAUCGUCUUUGAUUUCUGUAUCCUGUUAUAGUAUUUACUAAAACAGGGAUAGAUAUCCUUUGCUAUUCAUCUUUGCACAACCUGCACAGGAUUUGUGCUUGAAAAUAAUGUUGAAAUCAUCUUUUUGUGCUGUGCUAUCUCACUAUUUUUAGUAAAUACUAAUUAAAACAACUAUUCACUUCAGUGUUGGUGGUGAGUGGUGGAUAUUAACCUUGUGGCCUGGCAGCUCGGUAAAUAAACACCACUACCCACCUCACUAGCCUUAUUCACUCUGGUGAAUAGUUGUUAAUAAACUAUAAAUCAGUGAAUCAUGUUUAUUUAACUGAGGGUCUGAAUGUCUCCUCUUUUUUUGCCUCUCACCUGGCGGUUAUUGAUAUUAAAUAACUUUGAAAAGGAACAAAAUCUAUUAGCAGUGGUUUAAAAGGAUUUCCUAGUGGAAGCUAAUAGUGCUUUUCAAAAGAAACUUAAUUCAAAUCUGCAAAUGAGGGCAGAAAAAAAAAUUAAAAAUUUUUUUUCUGUUUUUAAUAAUUAUCACCAUCAAUGGUAACUUUAAGGUCACUCGUAAGCAUGCAUUCACACUCUAUAACACCAUCCUUACAGUUUUUGUUAUUGUUAUUGAGUGCUUUGAAUUUCCUUUGUAGUGGGGCAUGAGGAGGAAGAAUCAGGAGGAAAACUCAAGUUCAACAAAUUUGAAGAAAAAAAGAGGUUCCAGUUAGAAUCAAAAAAGUGAGAGUUAAUACUGGUGUGCAUUUGUAUGCUUGUUUUGACUAAAAUGUAGAAAUUGAUUCAUGGGGAAUCUGAUUUUUUUUCAGUAAUUUCUGUUAUUCAAUGUUUAUCAAGAUAACUUAAAGUUGACUGAGGUGAUCAGAAAAUUGUUCAUUUACCUGAUAUGGCUCUAGCCAGAAUCAGAUGUUCCAUGUACUAACCAGCAUGAAAUUUAGGUUCUUCUUUAUGAUUACCAUUAUUUAAACCUACCGUAGAUUUUAGUGUUAUAUUAUACUUAACAUUAAACCACACUGACUUGUAUCAGUAAUUAUUUAAUGUGUAAUUUGUGUCUUGACAGACAAAGUGUCAAGAAAUUAUUCAAAAAGAGUCCAGGCAGAUCUUCUGUACCAGAUGCUGCAAAUUUAUCCCCAUCUCAAGGUGAGCUCUGAUGGUGUGCAUUGCCAUUGUUCUUGGAAAGGGUGUUUCAUAUGGUUCCUAUUGUUUUGUUGUUAAAAUUGUGUAAGAUAGAGUUUCUUAGUCUCUUGUGUGUAGAACAACAUUCAUGCACAUGUGCUUAAACCACAGUCUGCUUGAUUGGAUCUCUUUAUUUGCGCGAGUUUUGCAGAAGUCAAAUAAUUUUGAGUAAGGCCGGUUUUCACAUGUUUCACUCUGUUAUGCCAGGGACAGGGGGUUCAUUCAAGCCUUCCCACUGGCUUGUUUUAAAUUUGGUGUUUACAAAUGUUGGCUUGAUAGCUAAGACAGACAUGAUAUACACAGCAGUGGCUUUUUUUUUAUAUUGUCCAUCAAAAUUGUGUCAACUUACAGGUGUUGAUAAGCAUCAUGACUCUCCAUAUAAGGAAAGAAGAUUGUGUUCAAAUGCAAAGCUUGCUACAUAUUUUUCACUCACAAAUUUUUCAUAUUGGUAGUAUUGUAAUUAUUUUGUCCCUUCUGAUAGUAGUCUUGAAUUAACCCAUGAUGGGCUUGUUUAUGGUAAAUUGUCAUCUCCUAUAGUUGAGCCUGAAAAGAGUGUUUCAAGUUUCCGGGAUUUCCUAAAGACCCUCAGGAAACCAGCAGCACAAGAUGUCAAUGAGAAAUGCAAAGUGUGAGUAAUUUUGAUUGUUUUAAAAUUCAUCUAUUUUCAAAAGUUGUAAAAAGUGGUUUUAUUGAUGUGUGUUCUAGUGGUUCAUUUUUAAUCUCUUUGUUCAUCUGCAUUUUAAUCCAGAGUGUCCCUCAGCAAAUAUCAAUCUUGACCAGUUUUUUGCCAGUUUAACUUUUUUAUGUGAAACUUAGAUUAAUGUACUUAAUUAUUUACAGACAGCUAUACGUCUGUUUUAUUGGCUACUUAUCUGAUGUAGUAAAUUUUAUUAAUAGUACAGGUAACCUUUUAAAACAGGUUGGCUGAGCGUUUAAGGUGUUGGAAUACAUUUUGGUGGCCCCAUGUUCAAAUUCAACCAUAAUUUAUAGUUUGAGUUAUCUUAUGAAUAUCAAUUCUGCUCCUUACUCACAUUUACAAAAUAGUCACAUGGUCUUCUUUCCACCUAACUGAGAUUUUGGUUGUCACAAGGGCAGAUUAUCUCCUUCUGGUUCAUCAGGAACUGUGACAUCUCUCUAAAUUCAUUUAUUUUUUCUUUUGACAGGUUUGUUCAGAGCAUUUUAAACAACCCAUCUCUGAAGGUGGAAGAACAGAGUCAGUUGGUUCAUGACUUUUAUGGGGUGAGUUUUUAGCACAUGAAGGACACUUGAAACAAAACAAACAAAACGCAUAGUGAAUGGUAUGUUUGAUUUUGAAUUAUUUCAACCUAUAUUAAUAUUACUUCAUUUCUUUAACCGUUAUCCAUUUUAGGCAAUGUCAGAGCAUCUACAGUCCCAUCAGUUGUUUCAAAAUCAGCCACAGGAAGUGAUUGACAGAACAUUGGAUGGUGUAGAAAAACACAUCAUGACGAAGUUGUAUAGAGUGUAUGUACAUGUACAAUGAAAGCUGUUCUUUUAAAGGGAACAACUUACUUGGUUUUGUGUCAUAGAGAUAAGGAAAUGUUUAUUCUGUAGUAUGAUCUGAGGAUACUCUCUAUCUGAGCUUGAGCAAAAUCACCACACUCCAUCAAUGUUGAGCACUCAAUGGAGAAGGAAAAAUAUUUAUCUUUUAUUAGUAUUUAAGUGAUUCAGCAUGAUUGAAAGAGAGAGAAAGAUUUUCUUGAACAUUUUGAAUGUAACUGUACUAACUUAAGUAAACUGUCAUGAAAAAAGUUUUACUGCUUUACAUUAUUCUGCAUUUGGUGGUAAAUGUACAUCUAUGUUAUUUUCAGCCAUUUUACCCUUUACACCCAAACAUCAGCAUGGAUUUUCUCUAUACUUUUCUUCAUACAUUUCCUAAGGUUCUGUUAAGGAGAAUUUGGUGAUCAUUUCUUUUAUUCAUAUGACCUUAACAUUUGAUUCAAGGGGGUGAUACUUUAAAGAGAAAUCAGAUGCUGGCCAUACUUAAGGGUCAAAGGGCUACGACCUUCUGUACAUGUUGACUUGACAAACUUGAAAUUUAACCAGCAGCUUGUACGUUAAUUUUGCAGUGUUUUCUGUCCACCGUCUACGGAUGAUGAAGCUAGAGAUUUGGAAAAUCAAAAGCGUAUAAGAAGUUUUAAUUGGAUAACUCCUCAGCAUCUAGAUGCUGCGAUAAAUCCUAACAGUGACAAGGUACAGCAGUUGAUCGAGGAAGCACAAGAAGGUAUGAUGCAUUUUUGUGUAAUGUCUGUGGGUAUUUCUUUCAGAGAUUGUGUUAAUGUUGUUGUGGCAAGUGUUUAUUAAGUUUUGUAAUUACCAUAUUGGGUUAUGAAGAUUAAAUGUGGAGUGGGUAAAGAGGUGUACAUGUAUUAGAGAGCUGGUAGGUGAGAAUGAUUGGUUCUUUUGCUAUAUGCUCUAUUUGAUUUAACUAAUGCAUUGUGGUGGCUUCAAAUCUUACUGCCUGAAAAUACCCCUGCUAUGCAGGAUACAGCAAGUAGUCAUUAGAAUUAAAAUGGUGGCCUGUGUCUAUUCACCUUGCUCUUAUCAAAGAAAUUCAAAGAGGACUAAGGGUCAUUGUGUUUGCAAAGAGGAUGGAUCUACAUGUCCAUUAUCAGGCCAAGUGGUUAAUUAGAAGUGAUAACGUUAAAGUUAAAAUGAAGCACCUCAGAAAAGCGAUUACAAUGAUAUAAAUUAAUUGUGAAGAGGUGAUUACAUAUUUAUACUAAUUGUCUUUGUUCAUGGCUUUUGUUUUUUUUCAUAGCUUAGUUUUUUUUUCUUAUCAUAGCUUUUGUUACCUUUGUUAACUAGUCUUGUUGUGAGAAAGACUUUUUCCCUGAUCUGAUGAAAUAUUUGGUGGCAGAGUGGUAAAGUGCCUUCUGAAGGAUUAGGAUAUUAAUUUUGUUGUUGUUGUUAUGUCCAACCAACAGUGUAUGUGAAGGUUCAUCCUUUUAGCCUCAGAAUCUCUCUUUUUUUUUUUUUUUUUUUUUCAUGAAAUGGUUUGACAUUUACAGCUUUCCAAGUGCCUUAGUUUAGAAUGCUCUCUAGCUAUGCACACAUACCUUUCUGGUUUGGCAGUUGCAGCUUUCUUAGCGCCUUAGUUUGUAAUGCUCUCCAGCAAUGUGCACAAACUUUUCAUUGCAUGACUCAAGGGUUCAUUGCCCAUCAGUGUUCCUGGACUGGAAGAAACACUUUGGUUUGUCAUUUGGUAUCUUGUAACCAGAAUGCACAAGCCAUUAUGAGAUGUUAACUGCCUUUUGUCCAUUGUUAUGGCACAGUAUAAUAGUAUAUUUAAAGUUUUAAGGCAUGUCAAAUGUGCACUUUAUAGUUUUGGAAUGCAGUAUGUAUGUUUAUUUCUUUUUCACUUAAUCUUUGUUUUUCCUCUAGAUCUGGUGGAAAUAAACACAAGGAGAGCUCCUCAGGAUAAACUAGCUUGUGUUGUGCGUUGCUGCAAGAACAUAUUCAGUAUCCUUUAUUGCUCUACAAUCUCUGCCAUUUUAACAUUCUAACUUAUUAAUGAAACUGCUUUUAAAUUUUAAAAGUGAUGGUAUGCAUUAGCAAAUAUAAGUUUAUGUGGAUUUUAAGUUAUAGUGUAUUUACAAAAAAUAAUUUCUUGAACUCUCUUUGAGAAUUAAGGCUAUAUAGUGAUGAUCUCUUAACCCCCCCUCCCUCCCUCCCUCUCCUUAAACCCCUCUCUCUCCCCCUUUCUUCCUUCCUUCCCUUAAUCCCCCUCUCUCCCUCCCUUCCUUCCUUCCCUUAACCCCCCUCUCUCCUUCCCAUCCUCCCUUCCUUUGAUUCCCCUCUCUCCUUCCAUCCUCCCCCCAUCUCCCUCCCUUCCUUCCUCUCCCUCCCUUCCCUUAAUUCCCCUCUCUCCCUCCCUUCCCUUAACCCUCCUUUCUCCCUCCUUCCUCCCCUUAACCCCCCUCUCCCUUCCCACCCCCCUCUCCUCCCCUAACCCCCUCUCCCUCCUAAUUUAACCCCUCUCUCCCUCCUUCCCUUAACCCCCCCUCCCUCCCUUCCCUUAACCCCUCCUCCCUCCUCCCUCCCUUAACCCUCCUCUCUCCUUCCUCCCCUUAACCCCCCUCUCUCCCUCCCUUUCCUUAACCCCCAUGCCUAUAGAUUCAAGUAUUGGAUCAAAAUAAUCUGCUUAGAUUGAUUGCAAAUGAAAGACUUCAGCACCUACAUGUACAUGAAACCUUGGCUGUCUUGACAGUCACUGCAAAUGUUCUACCCUAACAUUUUGACAGAAAUUAUUCACUUCUCAACACCUGCUGGAGGAGCAGUUAGUGCCGAUGACUUCCUUCCUUGUCUCAUUUAUGUUGUCUUAAAAGCAAAUCCUACGAUGCUACAUUCCAAUGUUCAGUAAGCACUAUCUACUUAUUUACAUGCGUGUUAAUUCAUUGUUGAUAUCAUUACAUGCGAGUGAUCAAGGAAUCCAAAACUUUUUAUAGGAUAGGUAUAUCCUUUAAACCAAGACAGGUGCACUUCAGUUUGUAUUACAUGCAAUGUGGUAUUGAAACAUGUGUUUUGUCAAAAAUUUGAAAAUGGUACAUUAAGAGAUUUCCAUACUUACAGAAGGUGGGAAAUAAGUUGCUUUGUCAAGUCUUGCAUGCUCAGUAUAUUUCUUGAUUGAGAAAAAAAGACAUUUUUCCAUUUCGAAGGUUUAUGAGACAGUGUGUUUUUUUACCAGGUAUAUCUCCAGAUUUUGCAAUCCUAACAAACUAAUGAUGGGAGAAGCUGGAUAUUACUUCACAAACCUUGUAAGUGGAACCUAUGCAUAAAGCAAUGAUCCUGCACAAGUCCCUUUUAUAACUGAUUUAUACUGGUUCUUCUCUUACGCUUGUAGUUCAAACCUGACUUGGCCUCUGGGUCGAAAGAUGGGGGUUCAGGGUAAUCGGUCAAGUUGACCUAAAGUCAUCUCGCUUAAAAUCAUGUCGCCCUCGAACCUGAGUCGUCGCCCGAAAUAAAAAGUUCAGUCAUCGGAUGAAACCGGGUUCGAGACGUAGCGGGGUCGUUGUGUUGUGUUCUCGGGCGAGACACUUGACUCUUAUAGUGCUUUUCUUCACCCCAGGAGAAUGAACUGUCAGGGAAAGCUGAUGAGUACCUUGGGGAUACCUUGCAAUGAAGUAACAUCCCACUCAGUGGUACUAUAAGCAAUGAUAAGCUCCAGACGGAUGUGCCACUCGGCUCCAGUGCUGACUUUACCUUUGUACCUUUUUUGUCCUCACAUUUCCAUUCUUUAAUUUCUUUGUCAGUGUUGUGCUUUAUCGUUCAUUGAGAAGCUUGAUGCUCAGGCAUUAUCCAUGUCUCAGGAAGAGUUUAACAGGUAGAUAAUCACCUUUAGGAACAUUUGUACAUUGCACCAGAUCACUUUCGUUUAAUUUUCCAGUUUUUGCAUAGUUGUUUUAAACAGAGACGCUCGAAACUCUGAAAUUAUUUCUACCAUAGUUGUUUUUAGAUGUUAAUGCAGACUGUAUCAAACGUGAAUCUCGAGGUGGUGUCUGAUGCAGUACUGAGGGAGACGCCAUACUUAAACCUCAGCCAGACUUAUUGGGCCGGGUAUUUAAACAUAGUUUACCCUUUUCCUUUUUUUUUUUUUUAAUAAAACCAUAUUCUAAACCAUCUUUAAUUUAGCCGAACCUUUUAUCUGAACAGUUAUUUUUGUGAACAUUGUCAGGAAGGCCGAAAGCUAACAGUAGGUGGGAACGCAUAUUUUUGGAUUGUAAGGCGCACUUGUUUUGGGUCUUCUGGAAGCAUUUAUACUGGCUUUUUUAACAUGAAAAAAAAAAGUGCAACAACAGCGCUGUUCUGUGAGGUUUAUCACUCACCUAUUAUAUUUGUAACUACGCUGAAAGUUACAAUAUCAAUUUUGUCGAAACUACUUCACUUGUAAGUUAACUUUCCUCUUUGGUUUAAAGAAACAUGUAUGGGGAUGAAAGCGACGGUGCAGAGCAAACCAAACCUGAAGCGGAGCCUCCUGUGACAUGCAAGGGUCUGGAACUUAUGAAGGUUAAUAAAACCGCACCCCAGGGUUUCAAUAAAAGUUGGUUACUGGCGGUCUACUCCCGCUUGUAAAACCUCUUACCGAUGUCUGCUUAGCCCGAGAGCAGAUGCCCGGAAUGCUGAAAAUUACAUUUCCAAGCGUCUAGAUUUCAAAUUGUUUGUGGGGGAGCAUGCGCAGAGAUCCCCUUAGGGGAAAGGGGCCGUACAGCUCAUUUUUCGGGCACAGCCAGCAUCGGCUGCCGCUCAUGGAAAACGUUUUUGAUAUCCCUAGCAUUCCAUUAGUACAUGUGUGUUCAUUAGUUUAUCCAUGGUAUGUGUAAAUGACUAUGUAACUAUGUACAUGCAUUCUAUCAUGAGCUUGAGAGAAAAUGCUAUUACCUUGGCACGUUUAACAACCAAUCCCAAAACUUUGCUUGCUUGUGGCAGUUUUUGCCUUUCCUUCUUCUCUUUCUGUCUGAUUUUGAUGGACCUUCAGCUUCGGUCCCUAACCUUAUUUACCUCUAAAGUUUUUUUUAACAAUCUCGAGCCCCGAGAUUUACGUAUUGGUGUCAUUUGCGUAUUGUUUACUUCUUUGUUUGUCUGUUUGCCCUCUCAGUCCAAUUUAGAGAGGCUUGGCACUUUGAGGGAACGCCAAGUGAAGCUUAAGGAGGACGCUCUUUUACUACAAGCACAAAUGACAGAAUUCAGGAACAACAUAGUAAAGGAGGUAAAGUUGAAAUUCCUGCAAUUACAGAUAUCGUUUUUUCUUAACCAUCCUCUCAAUAAUCAGUUACUGCAAGGUGCGGUGAUUUUCAAUCGUAUUGUUGUGGUUGUUGUUGUUAUACUUAUUGUUCUGAUUACUCGUAGCUAACCUUUGAUGGUCGCUACUGCCAUUGUAUUUCUGUAGGUUGACGCUAUCUUAGCUGGAACAAGUAAAGGAAACACGUAUCUGAAACCAGUUUUAACAGCAGGCGAGCCGCUUGAGACAGGUGUGACUGCGAGUUGAUCUACCAAACAAAGAUUUCAAGAAAAUUUGCAACUGAGACUUGAAUCGGCGCAGAAAAGGCGCAUCGAUCCUGAUAAACGGCGAAAUUUUCUCACAUUUUCCACACCUCCUUCCGUGAUCAUAAAAAUACUGUUUUAUGCUAUAGUUAAGAUAUUAUGCGCGCUGUCAUUGGUCGAUGGGUUUGAUUACGUGGGAUUAUAGAUUCAUGCGCGCAUAUUUUUUGAGAACUAUUUUCUAAAAAUAAUAGAGGACUUUUAUUUCGUGUUUACAGAAAGUGAUUUAGACAUUCGGGAGGAUUAAGAGAGUUCACAAAAUGUAAGCAAGUCUUUCAUUGCAUCUCGAGUGCACUUAAUUUUUCUCGAAUUCUUUCAACCACUCUCUCUCUCCCUCUCUCCCCUCUUUCUGUUGUAUUUAAAUACAGCUCUAUCGUUAUGUCUAGAUACACCUCUGUAUUCACGGAAAGAGUCCUCUAUUGCUUAAAUAGACACUUGCAUGCAUGGUACAUAGUACUUAAUUUUGUUAUUAUAAUUAACCACUGAAGACAGAAGAUUCAGGGAAAAGACGAUCUGCAAACUGUACUGAAAAAGGAAAUUACUGAGAAUAAGUUACAUAACAGGUUUUAUAUGGAAAUUAUUUAGUUAUAUGUAAUGCAGAAAUUGCUAUUUAUACUUGCAUAUUUCAAUAAAUUAUAUAUGUCUAUUGUUUUUCACCCCAACUCCAAUGUGUACAUGAUAUUUACAGUCGAAUUCAUUGUAGUGUGUUCAGUCGAAUCUAAGUUAAAUAUGACUUUUGAUAUUCACAUAGGACAAG